UUUUUUUUUUGUAAUAAAAAGAAAAAAGAAAAAAACAUCCCACUUUCAAGAUGGAAGGAUGGAUUAGCAUUAGCUCUAAGCACGUCGCAAUUGCAAAAGACGAUAAGCUUUUAGGUCAUGAAGAGCCAUUUGGGGGCCUUGAGCCGGCAAUUGUCGACAGUUAGAGCUGGGCAAAGGGCACGCGCGGGUUGGAUAUGCCAGUCAUGCCAGUCACUUCAGUUACCUCAGUCACUUAGAAGCAUCAAGGCUUCGCGCAAGCUGUUCACCAGCAGCGCAGCUCUCCGAGAGCUCAAGGACAAGCCGUAUUACGUGACGAGUCCCAUUUUCUACGUCAAUGCAUCUCCUCAUGUCGGCCAUCUAUAUAGCAUGGUUAUAGCAGAUGUGCUCAAGCGAUGGCAGGUCCUCAAAGGCAAAGAAGCAAUACUGAGCACGGGAACCGACGAGCAUGGGAUGAAAGUCCAACGCGCGGCAGAGCUGCAAGAUAUCCAACCAAAAGCUCUAUGCGAUACCAACUCCGAAACGUUUAAAGACCUGGCCAACAAAGCUAAUAUUUCGUACGAUCACUUCAUUCGAACGACGGACCCGGAUCAUAGAGAGGCAGUUGAGUACUUCUGGUCGAGGCUGAGAGAAAGCGGGUAUAUAUACGAGACGAAACACGAGGGUUGGUACUGCGUUAGCGAUGAGACGUACUAUCCCGAGUCUAUGAUCGAGAAGCGCGUGUCGCCUAUAACAGGGAAACCGUUUACCGCCUGCGCCGAGACGGGUAGUGCCGUGGAAUGGACCGAAGAGAAGAAUUACCACUUUCGACUAACGGCCUUUCGAGAAAAACUACUCCAGUUCUACUCCGAUAACCCGAGCUGGGUCACCCCUCAAAAUCGCUUCUCCGAGGUGAUCAGCUGGGUCCAGAAUAACCUGGAGGAUUUGUCUAUAUCCCGUCCCGUGAGCCGCCUUGACUGGGGUAUUCCUGUACCCGACGACCCGAGCCAGACGAUUUACGUGUGGGUUGACGCUCUGAUUAACUACAUCACGGUGGCGGGAUAUCCCGUGUGGCCUCCUGGUUCCGAACACGCUAAGGGCUGGCCGGUAGACAUUCAUGUGGUUGGGAAGGACAUCGUGCGCUUCCAUGCCAUUUAUUGGCCUGCGCUGCUCAUGGCCCUGGACCUACCCUUACCGAAGCGCAUCCUCAGCCACGGCCACUGGAUGAUGAGCCGGCAAAAGAUGUCCAAGUCGGUCGGCAACGUCGUGAACCCAUUCUUCGCUCUCGACCGAUUUGGCGUGGAUACCAUGCGCUAUUUCCUGAUAUACAACGGCGCCAUGUCCUCCGAUGCCGAUUACAGCAACGAGUUUAUCGUCGACAAGUACAAGAAGGGAUUGCAGGGCGGUCUGGGUAAUCUGCUCAACCGGAUUACGAGAUCGAAGAACUGGAAUAUCAGAGACGCGGUAGUGUCUAUGCACGGCAAGCAGUCUGAGUUGGUCUCUACUUCGGUCAAAAUGCAGAAGGAAUAUCUAGAGUCUAUCGUAAAGGAGGUCUCAAACCGUAUGGACGAACUCAAUCCCAAGAGGGCGCUGCAGGCUAUUAUGGAAUUCGUAUUCGAGAUAAAUAGGUUCCUGCAAGACGCAGCGCCGUGGGAUAGGAGCAAGGCAGGUGACACGGCGGCCGUGGAGCAGAUCAUCUUCUUUGCGGCCGAGUCGGUGCGCGUCGCGGGUAUCCUGCUUCAGCCGUUCAUCCCCGAGAAGUCGGGCCAGCUGCUCGAUAGGCUCGGCGUGAGCCUCGAUCGGAGGACGCUGGAACACGCGCGACUGUAUGCGGACGAUGGGUAUGGAACGCCGACCGUUCCGCUGGGCGAGGGCGCGCAGAGCAGUUUGUUCCCGCCGCUGCCUGUUGAGGAUUAAGGAAGAAGCCUAGCUUUGAAAGUGGUAGAGAGAAGGCGGUUGUGUAUAGUAGAUAUCAACUGUGUAGAUUUGGAUAAAGGGUUACACGUGUAUGCAAAGGCUGAGAUAGAUACCCUACGGCAAAUUCCCCUUUUAUAUGCAUUCGUCUGACAGUAUAGCUCAGCUUGGUUGCUAUACGAUUAAGGUCGUGGUAAUGAGUAUCUAAGGGUUUCAUUGAUAUCUUGAAUGAUUCAUAAGAAUUAAACUUAGGAGACCUUUCUAAUAAUCGUUAUAAUGGUAUAUUCUUUCUCCCUCUUG